AUGUCUAACGUCGUGAGGGACAACACUGCCGGACAGCAGCCAAGAGAAGCCAGCCGCCGUGACGUGAUCAGUCCCGCCGAGGCCGAGCUCUUAGCCAUAAUACCUUCCCGCACUGCCGCAAUACUCCUGGUGAACAACUACUUUGACAAGGUGCACUGGUUCAUGCUCAUAUUUCACCAGAGUGACUUCAGAGGGGCGCUCCGACAGCUAUACAGAGAACUGGACGAGAAAGGCCCGCGGCAGCCCACCAGUGUCGGGCUCGGCUUUCUGAGUGUUCUUACGGCCGUCUGCAUCAUCAGCCUACAGUACAUUGACGACCGUCAGAGAAAAUACCUGUGCGAUUGUGUGAUCGUGGCAGAUGAUUUACAGAAACGGCUGCUUGAUGCCCUCCGGAUGCGUCUCCUAGAGGUCGUCGCACAAGGGUCUAUCGAGGCCGUGCAAGCCUGUGUCCUGUUGGGCAGCUUCUACUUGUACCACGGCGAGCCGGAGCUGACGUGGCCCAUCUGUGGGUGUGGCCUCCGCAUUGCGCAGGCGCUGAACCUGCACCGGCGACGACCCCAAUCAGGAGGCACCCCUGGCCCGCCCGACCUCGACGAUCCGGGGCAGCGCGCCGAGGAGACGCGCAAGAGGUGCUGGUGGGCGGUGUAUGAGAUCGAAACGACGUGCUCCAUGCUUUACGGCUUUCCCUUGAACAUCAACGAUGACGACUGCGAUGUCCAGCUUCUCUGCCCGUAUCCGUUGCGGUCGAGUGAUGCGUCGUGGGAUUCAAGCAUCCGGCAACAGAUGGGCCAGGCGACGCUCCUCUCGUACAAGCACGCCAUGGCCCAGCUGUCCAUCAUCGUCAAGUCUGCGCUGACAGACCUGUAUGGAUUGCGCCAACGCCGCACGCACGCAAAUGGCAACUCAGGCGCAGCCGACAGGGAUCGCACCUCAGAUACGUGCCAGUCAUCCACCCAAGUCUGCCGCGACGCCGCCCUAGAGAUAUCCAACAUCGGCUCCCUGCCUCUGUUCCAGGGCGUCGCCGACACCUACGCCGUCUCAUUCGUGUCCCUGCACUUGCUCACAGCUGCGAUAGCCCUCUCCAUCCUGACGACGCUGGCGCCCCUGACGCAGGAGUCUCACGACUGCAAGAUGGGUAUCCGGCGGCUGAUGGAGAUGCAGUCGCGGCUGAGGGUCAGGUCUAUCGUCGCAGAACAGGGCCUCGGAAUCCUCAAGAAGCUCAUGUCCCUCGUGCUUACCAAGGAGAUGAAAGAGAUGCUCGAGUUUCCGCGCCCCAGCGAGGACACGACAACUGCGACGGCGGCAGCUGUGGAUGGCGAGGUAGGUGUUGACAAUAAUCUCAACCCACCGCUGCCAGGUGCACAAGAGGUGCGGGCCUCGGUUGCCGAGCGUCGUGAGGCUUGCCAGACGGCUUCGCAGCUCGAUAAUCAAUCGAUCGACUCAACUUCCGCCAACGCGUCCUCGGUGUUCACGCCGGCAGCUGCUGUCGGUGACAUUGCGAGCCAAGGUUUUAGCUUUUACAAGGAUCCGACCAUAACUCAAGCGCUGUUGGAUUUUGAACAAGUCUCCGCCAUGGAUCCGGUCGACAAGCCGGUCAUGAAUUAG